UGUGUCAGGAAGCUGCGAGUGCGUGGUUUCGUGUGAACGUUUCCUCAGCGACUAUGCUAUCGGAUGUUUAUGAUUUUGUGAUAUCCAGAAGAUUUAGAGGCAAUGGAAUCCAAACGGCAAUCAACAUUUCGCUUUUGGCUUUCUGUGCACUUUCUGUGUGGUCUUUGGAAUAUAACGAGCGGACAGUUUGUCUAUUCCGUGUCUGAGGAAGCAAACCCAGGAACUACGGUUGGGAAUUUGGUGAAGGAUUUUAAUCUGAAUAUUCAAGAUCUCGAGGUACGAGGGUUUCAUAUAGUUCCGGGACCGAACAAGAGGUAUUUCGAUAUAAAUACAAAAACUGGCGUUCUCCAUGUCAGAGAAAGAAUUGAUCGAGAAGAAAUCUGCGAGCAGAGCAUUAAAUGUUCGCUGCCUUUAGAAGCCAUGAUUAGCUCUCCAUUGAAUAUUUACAGAUUUGAAAUAAAUAUUGUUGACAUAAAUGAUAAUGCACCCGCAUUUCAGACAUCAAUAAUAAAUCUAAAUAUUACCGAAUCAACUUCUCCAGGGGAGAGGUUUCCAUUACAGAGCGCGUUUGACGCAGAUGUGGGCAGUAACGCUUUAAAGAGCUACAAACUGAGUCCAAACGAACAUUUCUCUCUGGAUGUACAGGGUGGAGGAGAUCAGAGUGUAUCUGCUGAGUUAGUGCUGCAGAAAGCUUUAGAUCGAGAGAAACAGCCUGUGAUCCAGCUCACACUGACCGCUGUAGACGGAGGAAAACCUCCCAAAUCCGGUACAACAGAGAUUAUUGUUAACGUUGUAGAUGUUAAUGAUAAUAUUCCUGUUUUCAGUAAGUCUCUGUAUAAAGCCAAAACCAUUGAGAAUGCGGCACGUGGUACUCACGUGAUAACUGUUCAAGCCAUUGAUUUAGACGAGGGUGUGAACGGUGAAAUCAUUUAUUCAAUAGUGAAUCACAACAAUGACAAAAACGUCGAUGCAUUUUCGAUAAACCCAGAAACGGGUGAAAUUACUGUGCAAAAAUAUCUAGAUUACGAGCAGAGGAAUGCAAUCGAGCUCCGAGUACAAGCAAAAGAUAAAAGUUAUAACCCGAGAGCAUCACACUGUAAAGUAUUGGUCGAGGUUGUUGAUGUGAAUGACAACAUACCGGUGAUAUCUGUGACGUCGUUGGUUAACACUGUAAAAGAAGAUGCUCCGAUUGACACAAUGGUUGGAAUGAUCACUGUAACUGAUAAUGAUGCUGGUAAAAACGGACAGGUCACCUUAAAGAUUCAGGGAUCUGUUCCUUUUAAAGUUCAGAACUCGUACAAAAAUUAUUAUACAUUAGUUGUUAACGGUCCUCUAGACAGAGAGCGCGCGCCCGUGUAUAACGUGACCAUCACAGCCACUGAUGAAGGGACUCCGCCUCUCUCCAGCACCAGUGUCAUUGCUGUACACGUUUCUGAUGUGAAUGACAACGCGCCGCGCUUUCCAGAGCCCGUCAUUAAUGUUUAUGUGAAAGAGAACAGUCAGAUUGGAGCUGUUAUUCAUACAGUCUCUGCUUUAGAUCCUGAUGUAGGUGAUAAUGCCCGGAUUACAUAUUCUUUACUAGAAAGCUCUAAAAGCGGCCCGGUAACAUCCAUGAUCAACAUAAACUCUGACAGUGGAGAUAUACACAGUUUACAGUCGUUUAACUAUGAGGAGAUCAAAACAUUUCAGUUUAAGGUUCAGGCCACAGACUCUGGUGUUCCUCCUCUCAGCAGUAACGUGACUGUGAAUGUUUUUAUCCUGGAUGAGAAUGACAACAGUCCCGGGAUUCUCGCGCCCUAUUCCGAGCUCGGUUCCGUUAACACAGAGAACAUUCCCUAUUCUGCUGACGCGGGCUACUUUGUGGCCAAGAUCAGGGCUGUAGAUGCAGAUUCUGGUUACAAUGCGCUGCUGUCUUUCCACAUCUCUGAACCCAAAGGAAACAAUCUGUUCCGAAUCGGAACCAGCAGCGGGGAGAUCAGGACUAAGAGGAGAAUGAGUGACAAUGACCUGAAAACUCACCCGUUGGUCAUUUUGGUUUGUGAUAACGGAGAGCCCUCACUGUCAGCGACUGUGUCUAUUGAUGUCGUGGUUGUUGAAAGCGCUGGUGACGUCAAGACCCCAUUCAGACAUGCGCCGAUAAAGGAGGAGAGUUUCUCGGAUUUAAAUCUGUAUUUGCUGAUCGCCAUUGUGUGUGUGUCCGUCAUCUUUUUACUGAGCCUCAUCAGUUUGAUCGCGGUAAAAUGCCACAGGACAGACGGCAGUUUGGGCAGGUACAGCGCCCCGAUGAUCACCACACACCCUGACGGGAGCUGGUCUUACUCCAAAGCUACUCAGCAGUAUGACGUGUGUUUUAGCUCGGACACACUGAAGAGUGACGUAGUGGUUUUCCCCGCGCAAUAUCCCCCUGCAGAUGCAGAACUGAUCAGUAUUAAUGGAGGAGACACUUUUACCAGAACACAAACACUCCCUAAUAAAGACAAGGUAAGAAAUGAUGACCUAGCCUAUUUUUUUUCCCCUUUAUAUUAA